CAUCCUGUUGCCGUCCACUCGGGGUACCGUGUGUCCCAAAACGAGUGCACCCCAUUCGCCGGGCGGGACUUCCUUUCUCCUGCGGAUGCGAUACUGAAGUGUGUGAGCAGGCAAUAAGGGCUUGGUCGGGUUGUCACUGGUGUAACUGUGCGGCUCCGGAGCAGCAGAGAACCGGCCUGAAGACGCUGCUGCAACCGCGACUGAAGCCCCGUAGAUGAGCCUCCUCCCUGGCUAUGCUGCCCUGAGAGAGCCGCCAGUAUCAGCCCCGCCAACAUGUCUGAUGUCAACAAGACUAUUCAGAAAUGGCACGCCAGUUUUAGGAAAGGCACAGACUUUGACUCCUGGGGACAAUUAGUGGAGGCUAUAGAUGAGUACCAAAUUUUAGCAAGACAACUGCAAAAAGAGGUCCAGUCAACAAAUUCAUCAGACUUCACAGAGGAGCAGAAGAAAACUUUGGGAAAAAUUGCAUCAUGCCUGGAAAUGAGAAGCGGCAGUUUGCAGUGUACACAGUCCAAGGAGGACUUCAAGUUAGAAGAUCUGAAGAAGCUGGAAACAAUAAUUCAAAAUAUUCUGACGUACAACAAAGAGUUUCCCUUUGACGUGCAGCCAGUGCCCUUAAGGAAAAUCCUCGCUCCAGGUGAGGAGGAGAGCCUGGAGUUGGAGGAGGAGGAGGAUGCUGCAGCAGGAGCAGGAAGCACGGAGGCUUUUCCCCCGCGAGCCCCCGGUACCUUGUUGCCACGGUUACCAUCAGAGCCUGGGAUGACACUACUCACUCUAAAGAUUGAAAAAAUUGGGUUGAAGGACGCCGGGCAGUGCAUCGACCCGUACAUGACCAUCAGUGUCAAAGAUUUGAACGGCGUAGAUGUAAACCCAGUGCAGGACACACCCGUGGCCUCCAGGAAGGAAGAUACCUACAUCCACUUCAGUGUGGACGUGGAGAUCCAGAGACACGUGGAGAAAAUUCCAAAAGGAGCAGCUAUCUUCUUUGAAUUCAAGCACUACAAACCCAAAAAGGGUUUUACCAGCACUAAGUGUUUUGCCUUCAUGGAAAUGGAUGAGAUCAAACCCGGCCCAAUCGUCAUCGAACUGUACAAGAAGCCCACGGACUUCAAGAGGAAGAAACUGCAGCUCCUAACAAAGAAACAACUCUAUCUCCAUCUCCAUCAGACGUUACACAAGGACAGCUAAGAUCGCAGCGCGUCCUGAACUUUAAACCAACUUUUUUUAAUCAUUCUCUCACACACACAUCCAACUAAAUGUGGAAGUUCACCUCAUCUCAUCCUGCAAUACUAAAUCAAGCUUGUAUUCAUGUGUUUUCUCAAGAGAAUAGGAAGAAAGUAAAGGGAGACAAACCCAUCAGAUCAGCCUUGACUUUUGUAUUCUUUGAUUUUGUCUUCAAGUAUGAUGGGUUAUCAGAGAUAUGGUAGAUUUUCUUUGAAUGGAGCCAGGUGAGAGGGGUAACUAUCAGAGAAAAACUCAUAUUUCAUAGGUAAAAGUGGUACAUUUAUGAGAAGAAUACACAUUUACUAGGUUGGAUCAGCCUCAUGAGACAACAGCCGCACAACACAGGUUCCUGACAGUCUUCCUAGAGUUGUUGCCGGUGCUUAAUUUGAGUCAAUAUUCAAUGUUGGUGCUUUUUGUUUUCUGGAAGCUGAAAGCAGCAAAACAUUCAAAGCAGCUAAAGUUACAAAUCUAUGGUGAACCUGUUGGUGAAUUAUUGGCAGAGUGUUUAAGCCACUCCCUGAACAAACCACAGACAUCAAUGUUUGCUUCACUAAGCCACCAUAAAACCUUAAAUCCUGUCCUAACACCCAUUGGUUUGUGUUGGCCAUAACUAAAUAUGUGGUUCCACUCAAUGAUUAUAACUACUGUAGUAAACACAAAACAAGUGUUCAAUUGGCCUGCACGGCACACUAAAAUGGUUAUUAAGUCACAGACGGUGUUGAAUUCAGUUAUUUUAACUGGAAUAAUACAUUUUGAACUGUGUGUUUGCUUUGUUUUUAUCACACUAAUGAUGUUUAUGCUCAGCAAGUAAUUGUUUCAGCCCAGAAUUCAACUUGGUAGCAAUGCACAUUUCAGGUCCAGUUUAAGUUUAUUUGGAUAUGGUUUUCUACUGGUGGAUGCAGCAUUGUGUGACGUAUACUGGUUUCUGUUUGCAGGAAGCAGAUUUCUUUGGCAGUUCAAGGACAGCUCUUGAAAUGUAUUUUGAGGAAAUGGCCAUUCUAACAUUACUACCUUUAUUUUGAAAUUCUAUGUUAACCCAUAAUAAGCAAAACCGUCUCGAAGAUGUUCAGACGUUAUUUCCAUUCUGACUACCGUUGUAAGUGUUCAUCUACAUUGUCAUAUCUUAUUUUUGUAAUGUCAUCAAGUUCAGGACUAAUUUAACUGUAAACAUUAACUGAUGUAAUGUGUGUGUACAGAGCAUUAUGAGACCUGUUGACAGACUGAAGGGAAAUGUAUGAACCAUUUACAAUGCUUUUAAUUUCCAAUAAACUACAAAUGAGCAUGUCAUUGGAAAAUUCCAUCCAAAGCAGAAGACAGUGAGCAGAUGGGUUUGAACUGUGGUUUAUGCAAAUAUUGAUAAGCAACUGAAUUUAAAUAGGCAUCACAUCAACCAGAGCAUGCGUGUAAGGCCUCAGACUACAGAAGAGAGAAUGUACUAGUGCCAGGUGUAAGGGGGAAAAAAAGGAAAACAGAUGAUUUUAUUUGAAAAUGUCCCAGGUAGAAAGUUUGUAUACUGUACUUUACAGUUGGACUUUACUCUCAAAAUGCAAUACACUUAAAUCUUCAAAUGUUUCCCCCUGAUGAAUGACCCUUACACUACCAGACACAGGAAUUCUGUUUUCAUGCUCUUUAAAAUGCUCUCCAUGUUAGUAAAAAACCUAAACAGUGGACAGAAACGCAGCGUCUCUCCACACACUUAGCUGAACAUGUUGCAUGCGGGUUUUGGACGUGAACAUGUCGCUGGAUUGAAAUGAACAGAACUAAAAAUAGUGCUGCUGUGUCAGCCGCUUCAACACAGAUGUAUGCCUCAUUUUAUUCCCAAUAAAGCAUGAAGACACAGGUUGAAAAAUAUAUAAA